AAUUUGGUUGUGUUUGGCGAGAUCCGGUUGAAAAGGGAAGGGCUGGGAGACCCAGUGAGAGCCAGUUUCCGUUUUAGCCCACACUUCCUCUUACGGCCACACUUGACUCCUCUCCCUCCCUUUCCAACACAAGGUCUGUCGUCCCUGCUGCUCGUCGUCGUGAACAGCGAACUCACUUGUUGAAUGUUGUCCUUUACUGCUUUAUCCCCCUUCUAAAACACGUCGUGCUUCCCAAAUAUCUCACUCCAGCUACAACGCAGUCGACACAGACGGCUGACUCCACUGCUAUGCGAAAGCGCCAACGCACCAUGGACAUGGCUGCACCUCAGAAUGACCCUCAACAAGCACCUCCCGUAGGCCCGCCCGCUGUCAGCGAUGACGCGUUCAUCAACGACCAGGACGCCGUCGACAGUGCAGGCGAUGAUGACGACGACGACGACAAGCCCAAGUCAGACAAGAAGGCAGGAAGACGAAAGAUCAAGAUCGAAUUUAUCCAGGAUAAAUCGAGACGUCAUAUAACCUUCUCCAAAAGGAAAGCUGGUAUGUCUCCCAUGCACUCACACCCUUGCGCAUACGAGCUUUCUACUCUCACGGGUACCCAGGUUUUGCUACUCGUCGUCUCAGAGACUGGCCUCGUAUACACCUUCACCACUGCCAAGCUCCAGCCUCUCGUCACCCAGCCAGAAGGCAAGAAUCUCAUUCAGGCUUGUCUCAAUGCCCCUCAUGGAACGCUACCAUCGUCCAUGCCAGUAGGGACACCGCUUGGACGUCAGUCGGGCGGCCCACCUAUGGCCAUGCCACCCCCAGCAGCUGGCUCUAGUAAUCUUCCAGGUGGCCUGUCCAUCAGUGGGCAACCAGGUCAAAAGGAAGAUGAUGAUGGUGGUCAUGAGGAGGACGACGCUGCCCAUGGUGGUCGAGCAAACGCUGGAGAUAAGCGCCGUCGUCGUCAACCUCCACCCCAGUCACCCCAGCAGCAGCCUCAAAUACCGCUGGGGUCGCCAACGUCUCCGAACCAGUCCCAUGCGCAGGUCCCACCACAAUCCGCUGGUCAAUAUGGGUCAGGACCUUACGGAGAUAUGUAUCCACCACACAUGAUGCCUGGGUACGGCUAUGGCGCUCCUCCUGGAAGCGGUGGCCCGCCUGGUGGGCAGCUUGGAGCUCUUGCAAACACCGCCGCGGCGCAACAGGGCCAUUGGCAGCAACAGCAGCAGCAGGUUGGCCAAGGCGGCCAUUAUGCUCGUCGAUGAUCAUUGGUACUUUUUACUUUUUCUUCCUUUGACGAAACGCCCGCUUUUUCACGCUACUUAUGCAAGCCUUUUUUUGUUCUGAUGUUCUAUUCGCUAAAAAGUGUACUACGACGCUUGAUUUCUGAUUUCUGUUCUCUUGUCUACCCUGUCGUAAAGUUUCGCAGUAGUUUCUUGACCGUUUCGUACUUAUCGUGGCUUUAUCGCCGUAUUGAAUGGUAGCGAUUGUAUAUAUAUAAGUCAGUUUGCUUCAUGAGUUGUAGAACGUAGCCUACCAAUGUAUCGGUAUAGUUUUGCAGAACAGGAGUCUGGAAGUUCUACAAAGAUAUUAUUGAACUGAGAAUA